AGGCCCCGCCCCACCUUUCGGAGUUUCCCAAAAGCCCGUGCGGCGGCCUCCGGCAGCUCCAAGAUGGCGACUCCCAUGCAUCGACUCAUAGCACGGAGACAGGCUGAAGCCAAUAAGCAACAUGUAAGAUGUCAGAAAUGCUUGGAAUUUGGACAUUGGACGUAUGAAUGCACAGGAAAAAGAAAGUACCUACACAGGCCUUCAAGAACAGCAGAGCUGAAGAAAGCUUUAAAAGAAAAGGAAAAUAGAUUAUUGCAGCAAAGCAUGGGAGAGACUAACGUAGAGAAAAAGAUCAAGAAGAAGAAGAGGUCGAAGAGUGUCACGAGUUCCAGUACCUCUAACAGUGACAGUUCAGCCAGUGAGUCUUCAUCAGAGAGCGAGACAUCUGCCUCAUCCUCCUCAGAGGACAGUGACUCGGAAGGCAGUCCCUCUAGCUCCUCGUCCUCAGUUUACUCCUCCUCCUCCUCUUCCUCCUCCUCGGACUCAGACUCGGACUCCAGCUCCUCCAGUAGCAGCAGUUACAGUACAGAGAGCAGCUCUGAUGAUGAGCCACCAAAGAAGAGGAAAAAGAAAUAGAACUCUCUACACUGGACCAGUGGACCAAAAACAUCAGUGUGACUCGCAGGGGAACUGAAAACAUGCUCAAGCAAGCAGGUUAGCUGGAUCAGCUUGUUAGAAUUCAGACCUUCCUAAGUAUUUGCCAUUGUAUAGAAUAUUAAUAAAGGAUAUUAUAUAUAUAAAGACAUUUAUUUUAGGAAUGAA